CAAUAAUUUAAUGCACUGUAAUCGGUAGCAUUUGUCGGACUAUAGCGGAACCGAAGAUAUCGGCUGAGGUGAGUAACCAGAACGUGGUUUAUAGACCGCCAGCUUACCUGUCCGACGGCGUCCCAAAAUAUCACCGGGGCUUCUCUUUAUAUGUAAACAUAGCACGUUCAGACAAAGAAACACCGCGCCGGUAUGUAUACACAUGGACACAUGUGUGGAUUCGUUCCACACAAUGAAAAUCAAUAAUGACUUUGUAAUGGUAAAAUACUUUACAAACAAGAGGGAAAUUAUACGGAAUAUCAUGGAAAUUUUAUAUAUUUGAAAACGAGAUACAUUGUAUAGCCAGUGAUCCGUAAAAAUUCGGCGUUAUAUAUAGGUCGCACGUCUGAUUGGCCAUCCCUACGAAAGAUGCUUCUCUGAAUAAAAUGUAUUGCAAGUAAUCAACUAUACACGCAACCAAUACAAACAGUUGUUAUAUAUCAGGCGGGUUUACGUUUUGAAUAUGAUUACUGACAAACAACUGCCAGGAACAAGCAUCGACGGAAGUCUUGGAAGGAAAUAUAAGCAACAUGCCUAAAUACAAGCUCACGUAUUUCGGCCUACGAGGAAGAGCUGAGCUCAUUAGAAUGACCCUUUGUCUCGCCGAGCAGGAUUUUGAAGACAAAAGGGUAGCAUUUGAGGAGUUUGUCAAGAUAAAAGAGGCUUUGCCCCAAGGACAGCUCCCUAUCCUGGAGUUUGACGGGCAGACUCUUUGCCAAAGUAUGACGAUUGUACGCUAUCUGGCUCGGGAGCACGGUUUAUAUGGGGAUAACAAUCUGGAGUCGGCUAAAGUGGACACAAUCCUCGAUACAUGUGGCGAUGUUUACAUCGAUCUGGUUAAAGUGUAUUACGAAAAAGACGAAACAAGAAAGCAAGAAGUAGCGAAAACAUUAAAUGAUAGCGGUAUGCCACGAUUCAUCUCUCUUUUUGGGAGAAUUCUGCGUGAAAAUAAUGAUGGAAACGGAUGGAUAGUGGGAUCUAAGAUAACGGUGGCAGAUCUUGCUCUGUGUACACUGUUUGAUGACGUGGUAGGCGGGGCGUAUGGUGCAGGUAUUGCCGACAGUUUCCAUGCGGACGAGAAAUUAAAAUCUCAUUUCGAAAGAGUUAAAUCACAGAAACAAAUCUCUGACUGGAUUGCAAAACGUCCAAAAACGGAUAGGUAGUAACACCUAUAGCAGCACAUGGACUCAGUCCGAUUGGCCACAAGUACGCCGACACAGGGCACAGGGAUGUAUAUGUUACAUUAUGCAAUGUAAGGCCCUGACCGACAUAAUCCAUAGAAUGCCAAUGGUAAGCGGAAUAUAGAACAAUACACUGUGACAGUGAUGAUUCAGGUUUUAAGACAGGAUUAAAGAAUGCUUGUAAAGUGAAAUGGCAUGAAAACCUGAAUGUAUUGGAGGCAAAGUGUUAAUGUUGUGUAGUGUUUUGUAAAUGGGAAUAAAUAAAAUAAAGAUUUGAAGUUACUAGAAAA